AUGUCUGAAGAGGAGGGUCCUACAGAAGAGCUAGACGAGGCCAUGCGUCAGUUUCAAAGACAGUCUAGGUCACCGCCAAAGGAAGAUCUGGAAGCUACCGAAGCAGCACCAGCUUUGUCCCAUGACCUUGCUGACAGCCUGGAAGGGCAAUCUCCCGACCAGAUUUCUGAAACAUCUCCUACAAAUGAUCCGUCAGAGUCCUCUGGAAAUGGGUCCAUCAUGAGUGACGAACUACAGGAAGUACUCCAAUUUUCUGAACUAAGUACUGAAAAUAUUGAGUCAAAACCAGGACGUUUUCCCAGUCCAUCAUUAUGGUUAACUGAGAUGACUGAAGGAUAUGAGACUGGGUUUACCCACCUAUAUCUUGACACAGGAGGAAAAAGUACUCACCUCCAGGAAGAGUAUCAGAAAGAAGCUGACUUAGGGUCCGAGAGAUUUACAGUUAACCUUCAGGCCAAAGGCUUACAGGAAUUCCCUGAAGACAUUUUAAAAGUCAAAUAUGUCAAAUACCUAUAUUUAGACAAUAACCAAAUAAAAACUUUUCAAGUCGAUGCAAGGGAUAUGCUAGGACUUGAAAUUUUAUCCUUGACGGAGAAUGAGAUAGUAUCACUUCCAUCUGAAAUUCACUUACUUUCUAAUUUGAAGAUAUUAAAGGUCAGUCACAACAAACUAUCAAAUAUCCCUAAAGAAAUAUCACAGCUGAAGAAUAUCAGCCAACUCUUUUUAAAUAACAAUUAUAUUGAGAGUUUCCCUGCUGGCAUAGAAAAUCUUGGAAACUUGAAAAUUUUAAAUUUGGCUAAUAAUAAGUUAAAACAUAUACCAGAAACUCUAUCUAAUUUAAAAAAAUUGAGGAUUCUCAAUCUGGAAUGCAAUCAGUUAACAAUAUUUCCUAAAGCUUUAUGCUUCCUCCCAAACUUAAUUUCACUAAACCUUAAUGAAAACCUGAUAAACAGUUUGCCAAAAGAAAUUAAGGAACUUAAGUGUUUGGAAAGCCUUUCACUUGAUCACAAUAAAUUAACUUUUCUGGCUGUAGAAAUUUUUCUGUUGCUCAAAAUGAAAGAACUCCAACUGGCUGACAAUAAAUUAGAAGUUAUUUCACACAAAAUUGAGAAUUUUAAGGAACUUAGAAUACUUACAUUGGAUAAGAAUUUAUUGAAAGGUAUACCAGAGAAAAUUUCCCACUGUGUAAUGUUGGAAUGCCUUAGUCUUAAUGAUAACAAAUUAACAAAACUUCCUAAGAAUAUCCACAAGCUUAAAAAUUUAAGGAAACUCCAUUUAAACAAAAACAGUAUGUUGGAAAUAACAGAAAAUAUCUCACAUCUUAAUAAUAUAUACAGUCUUGAAUUUUCAGGAAAUGCAAUCACCAGUAUUCCCAUUGAGAUAAAAAACUGCAGAAAAAUAACAACAGUUAAUUUGAGCUAUAACAAAAUAAUAUAUUUUCCAGUGGGACUGUGUGCACUGGAGUAUCUUUAUCAUUUGCAUUUUAAUGGCAAUUAUAUUUCAGAAAUACCUGUGGAUAUAUCUUUCAGUAGACAACUGCUUCACUUAGAGCUUAAUGAAAACAGACUCCCCAUAUUUUCUGAGCACCUGUGUUCCCUUAUUAAUCUUGAAUACCUGGAUCUUGGUAGAAACUACAUCAAUAAAAUUCCAUCACUCAUUUCCAAUAUGGUAUCACUCCAUGUGCUUAUUUUAUGCCACAAUAAAUUCAAAACUUUCCCAAAAGAAUUGUGUGAUUUAGAAAAUUUGCAAGUACUUGAUCUUUCCGAAAAUCAAAUACAAAUAAUUCCUUCAGAGAUCCGUAACUUAAAAGGAAUCCAAAAAUUGAAUUUCUCAAGCAAUCAGUUCACAAGUUUUCCUAUUGAAUUGUGUCAUCUUCAAUCACUGGAAGAGCUGACUAUAAGUCAGAUAAAUGGGAGAAAGUUAACAGAACUUCCCGAAGAACUGUCUAAUCUGCUUCAACUUAAAGAACUUGAUAUCUCAAAUAACGCAAUCAGAGAGAUUCCAAGGAAUAUAGGGGGAUUGACAAGUUUGGUUAGUUUAAAUGCAUGCAACAAUCAAAUAAGUUAUCUGCCACCGUCUUUUCUAUUUUUAAAUGAUCUCCAGCAACUAAACCUGAGUGGAAAUAAUCUGACAUCUUUGCCUAGUGGUAUCUAUAAUCUUUUUUCACUGAGAGAGAUACAUUUUGAUGGCAACCCAUUGAUACGACCUCCAAUGGAAAUCUGUAAAGGAAAACAGCUGUAUACCAUUGCAUGCUACCUACGGAGGGCAGAAGAAAGAGAUGAGAAAAUCUUAGAGAAAAUCUUCAUGAUAGUUGCCAACCACAUCACUGAAACACAUUUUGAAUUUUUGUGUCAAAAACUAAAGCUGGGAAAGUCAGAAAUGGAAGCCCACAGCAAUUUAACAUUAAGUGAAAGAGUUUACCAAGCACUUCAAUCAUGGAAAACAGACAGUAAUAACUCAUCACAGUCUGCAGUGGCUCUAAGAGACCAACUGAUUCGGACAUUAACUAUGAUAGGAGCACAUGAAAUUAUGGACAAAAUAACAGCCUUUAAACUUUUCACAAGUGCAAUUAAAUUCUAA